CAUUACCGGUAGACGAACACAGUCUCUCCGUGUUAUAUCUUUCCUGUUUCGCUAGAUUUCAUCAAUCUAAUCAUUUAAGGAAAAUCGGAAACGGAGAUUUAGGAGAUAAUUCACUGCGGGGACAAGCAAUACCCAUGUCCUGGAUUUCCCUUUUUUAUCCUCUUAUUCUUUAGAUGUGUACGGAACAUCGGAGAUCGCUGUCGUCUUUAGAUGGGUGAGAGCGAUGGUUCAGGUAGUGGGAGUUCCCCUCUCUCCAGUUUCCUCGUCUGCCAUGAAACAGAGUCUUGCCUGAACGAGGAGCUCGAUGAAGACGGCGACCGCGAUACCAACGUCGGAACUCGGAGAUCGGUGCACGACUCGUGUUGUGUCGCUGUGGCUAAUGACGAUGAGGAGUAUUUGUCGGAGCUGGUCCGGCGAGAGACCCGUCGCGUCGGAUCAGAACCCGAUGAAAUGGCGUCGUCUUGUGCUGGUCGUACGGUCGCCGGCUCAACCUGGCACAGAUGGGCCAGAUUGGACGCCAUCGAUUGGAUUAUCCACACGGCAGCAAAAUUCGGGUUUGGGCACCAAACAGCGUAUCUGGGAAUUUCCUACUUCGAUCUGUUCAUUUCCAGAAGAUCCAUCGAUGAGGGCAAAUCUUGGGCGAUUCGGUUGUUAUCUGUCGCUUGUUUAUCAUUAGCGGCGAAGAUGGAGGAAUUUAGGGUUCCGGGUUUAUCCGAAUUUCCCUCAGAAGAUUACGUUUUCGAAGCGAAGCUGAUCCAGAGAAUGGAAUUGUUAAUCCUCACGACUUUGGAUUGGAGGAUGAAUUUGAUCACCCCUUUCGCUUACUUGCAUUACUUCCUAUUCAAGUUCUUCAAAGACGAGUCUUUCUCAGAUGGGUUGGCGCCAAGAGUCUCUGAAUCUCUGCUUGCCCUAACAAAGGAGAUCAGUCUAAGGGAUCAUCACUCGUGGGUCGUCUCUGCUGCUGCAGUGUUGGCUGCGUCAGACAGUAGAUUGACGAUAGAAGACUUGAGGACGAAGCUCGGCUCGAUCCCUUGGUGGAUAUCUAGUGAGAAUGAGAGUGCGUAUUCGUGCUAUCGGAUAAUGCAGGAGAUGGAAGAGAAGAGACAGAGGACACCAGAUUCGAUAAUUUCCAUGGAGAACCAAUCGGAUGCUUCAAAGGGUUCUUGUUUGGCACCCGGAGACGGCUCUAAACGCCGCCUAUCUUUCGAUGGUUCUGAUCAGAACCCUCCUCCUCCGGCCAAGAAAGCGCAUCGGCCGUAAAGGGGUUCCCAUUGGCCAUAGACUGAUUGAUGUCGUUUUGGUUAUAGAAAAUUGGAAUACCGUAUGGUUAUUUCAUUGUUUAGUCUAUAGACUAUAGGUUGGUAAGAAGUGUCGUUUCAUCCACCAAAUCUUUGGGGUCUCUUCUCAGAUAACCAAAUAAAUAUUGGGGGGAAUUCACAAAAAAAAAAAAAAUCGAAGCUUAGGUAAAUAUUUUCAUGUUUUUUGCAUUCUCCAACUCUUUUUUUUAUUUAUUUAUAUUAUUAGUUAGAUGUCAAUUUGGGUCAUGGGAUAUUUAGUUGUGAUGGGAAAUAUCUGAUUUUAAAUGAAAGUCCAUCACUUUGUCAUCCCUUGAAACUUUUGAUAGGGGGAUAUGCUCUGUCAUGUGUUAUAUAGGAAUAAAAGAAUUUUUUCCUUU